UCAAUGGAGAAUGCCGAAGCUAAAAAUCCAAGUGGAAGAGCACUCUGCACUCAGCACACCUGAGGACUACAAUCCAGUGAUUCCACCGAACGAUAAAAGUGCGAAGGACCCCCUGGGAGACGUCUCGAGGAUUGAUUGCACGAGCCCUUCAAUGCAGGCCCCACCUGAAGCGUGCACCAGCCCGGAGUCGAGCGUUAUGCCUGGCAACCCAUCUUACCCGUCCGGAGGAAGUCACCCUCAAGAUUCCAACAAUAGCCGACUUGCAUCAGUAGAAGAGACCCAAGACACCUCGCCCUCGUCCAUCUUGGAUUCGCCCUCCGCUCUUCCCCCCAAAAUUGAAUGCGAGGAUGAAAAAGAAUAUGAAAGUUGGACUAACCAGCUGCACACAAGCAUUGAAAUUAAGAGUGAACCCACUCCCCAGACGGAUGAGUCAGAACUCAGGUUGGGACGAGGAGGAGAAGAACACGAUUUGGAGAAUGAUGGUCGUGAUUUUGUCCCGAUGACAACGCGAGUGAAAAGAGAGGACAUGAGCUCUCCACUUCCCGACCAUUCUCAUGAAAGUUGGAUUGACCUGUCAGAUACGAAUAUCGAAAUCAAGAGUGAACCCCCUACCCAAACAAACGCGUCGGAAUCCGAGUUCGUCGAACAUAUUCGAACGCACGCUAGUGAGAACCCAUUCACUUGCGGCGAGUGUUCGAGCCUUUUUUCUUCUGAAAGCGCUUUAACAACACACAUGCAAACGCACGAUGGCGAGAUACCAUUCAAUUACAGUCAUUGCUCCUCCUCAUCCAGUAUUGAAGAUAAUUUAAAGAAACACAUGCGAACGCAAACUGGUAAUGAGAAGCUACUUAGUUGCAAUCAUUGCUCCUCCUCUUUCAGUAGUAAAGACGAUUUAAAGAUGCACAUGCGAACGCACACUGGUGAGAAGCCAUUCAGUUGCAGUCAUUGCACGGCAUGCUUUUCUCACAAAAAGUCUUUAACGGCACAUGUUCGCACACAUACUGGUGAGAAACCAUUCAGUUGCAGUCAUUGCACGGCAUGCUUUGCUCAAAAACAUACUUUAACGGAACAUGUUCGCACGCACACUGGUGAGGAACCAUUCAGUUGCAGUCAUUGCACGGCAUGCUUUUCUCACAAAAAGUCAUUAACGGCACAUGUUCGCACACAUACUGGUGAGAAACCAUUCAGUUGCAGUCAUUGCACGGCAUGCUUUGCUCAAAAACAUACUUUAACGGCACAUGUUCGCACACAUACUGGUGAGAAACCAUUCAGUUGCAAUCAUUGCUCCUCUUCUUUCAGCAGAAAAGACUAUUUAAAGAUGCACAUGCGAACGCACACUGGUGAGAAACCAUUCAGUUGCAGUGAGAAACCAUUCAGUUGCAAUCAUUGCUCCUCCUCUUUCCGUUCGAAAAUUCAUUUAAAGAGGCACAUGCGAACGCAUACUGGUGAGAAACCAUUCAGUUGCAGUCAUUGCACGGCAUGCUUUGCUCAAAAACAUACUUUAACGGCACAUGUUCGCACACAUACUGGUGAGAAACCAUUCAGUUGCAAUCAUUGCUCCUCUUCUUUCAGCAGAAAAGAUUAUUUAAAGAUGCACAUGCGAACGCACACUGGUGAGAAACCAUUCAGUUGCAGUCAUUGCACAGCAUGCUUUUCUAAUACAAGUAAUUUAUCAAAGCACAUCCGGACGCAUACUGGUGAGAAACCAUUCAGUUGCAGUCACUGCACGGCAUGCUUUGCUCAAAAACAAACUUUAACGGAACAUGUUCGCACGCAUACUGGUGAGAAACCAUUCAGUUGCAAUCAUUGCUCCUCUUCUUUCAGCAGAAAAGAGUAUUUAAAGAUGCACAUGCGAACGCACACUGGUGAGAAACCAUUCAGUUGCAGUCAUUGUUCCUCCUCUUUCAGCAGGAACGAUAAUUGCAUGGUACACAUGCGAACGCACACUGGCGAGAAACCAUUCAGUUGCAGUCAUUGUUCGGCUUACUUCUCUAAAAAAAUAACUUUCAAGAGACAUUUGCGAAUGCAUUCUGGCGAAAAACCCUAGAGUUUUAGUCACCGCUCAUCUCUUUUUCGGCUACAAAGGCAUUUAACGGAGCAUACUGCGAUCAGAGACAAGAGACCCUCCUCUGACCUCUUGGCGACAGGUGGAAGCUGUUACCUUCGGGGAUUCAACAAUUCUAUAAGGUACAUGGAUAAUGAUAAUGGAGCAAUUUCCGACGUUAUUUUCUCUUCAUCAUAAUUUGUAAGUGAAUAUACCUAUUGCAGAUAUUUCCAUUUAAAUGUUCGAAUAUUUCCAUAUGAGCGCUGUUAAAUCUCCCGUUUUUUGAUCAACUUUAUAAUUAAUCUUCGCUCUGAAACUCCGGAAUAUUGAAGAAAAUCCGAAAUUCGUAUUAUUUUUGUUAAAAUAGUUUGGUAAUGAGCAUGAGAUUUCCCUAUCGUAAUUGGUAAGGCAAUGUCUUAUAUUUUUAAUGCAUGUUGCAAUCAGAAAUUACAACGUUUGGCUCAUCCGUGUUAACACUGACGUGCAUAGGGAAACCAAUGACACAUAAAUUGGACCGAGUUUAACAGAAAGGAACCAAGCCA